UCUGGAAUAGAAGCUGCGCUUUAUGUGCUCGCUGCACGAGCGAGUUACUGUUUGUCCUUGCUGCGCAAUAGGAUUCGACCUGGUGAGACGUUGAUAGUACACCUAUCCAUCAGCACCACAUAACUGAACAGCGCACGCUCUUUUCUGUGUUUUUCCGUAUUCAUGGAUACGUCCUGUCUUUUUUUCUGAGAAGCUACAACUGUCGGAGAAAAUUUCCAAUGGCAUCAACUGGCUUUUUGUCCCAGGAAGGUGAAAACGGGCGUGAUGACAGCGACCAAAGCCAGAACGCACCAAGAGCUUGGUGCCAGGCUGCCCAAAAAAUGUCCGGGGACCUUGGAUCAAAAUUAUAUGCUCUGUUCAACAUUGGAGAGAGCGAAAAAACGGCCAGUGCUUCCGCCAAAGAAGUCGAGGGUACGACAGAGAAUUGCGGCUGCAACAAGCCCUGCGAUUGUUCUAAAGGAAACAUUGAUCUGUCUAAUUUGUACUCAACAGACCUAUUGCCUGCAUCAGACGGGGAUCAGGCAACAAUGACUUUUCUGCAGGAAGUUGUGGACGUAAUGCUCGCUUAUAUUGUGAAGUCGUUUGAUAGGUCAACGAAAGUGAUUGAUUUCCAUUACCCAAACGAACUGCUCGAAGCAAACAAUUGGGAACUCUCGGACGAACCAGAAACAUUAGAUGAUGUGUUAUUAAACUGUCGAGCGGCCCUGAAAUACGCAAUCAAAACAGGUCACCCCCGCUACUUCAAUCAACUUUCUACAGGAUUAGAUAUGGUUGGGUUAGCAGCGGAAUGGCUGACAUCCACAGCUAACACCAAUAUGUUCACGUAUGAGGUUGCUCCAGUGUUUGUGCUGCUGGAGUAUGUCACUCUAAGGAAGAUGAGGGAGAUCAUUGGCUGGCCGGACGGGCAGGGGGAUGGAAUAUUCUCACCAGGUGGCGCCAUCUCUAAUAUGUACGCCAUGCUGGUCGCGAGGUUCAAAAAGUUCCCUGAGGUGAAGGAGAAGGGUGUUUCUUCCAUUCCCAGCUUGGCCGCCUUCACGUCCGAACACAGUCAUUUUUCAAUCAAGAAAGGAGCGGCGGCUCUGGGGAUCGGAACAGACAGCGUGAUCUGCAUCAAGGCUGACGAGAGGGGCAAAAUGAUGCCAUCAGACCUUGAGAAGAGGAUAGUUGAAGCCAAACAGAAGGGUCUGGUUCCGUUUUUCGUGAGUGCGACUGCAGGCACCACGGUGUACGGCGCUUUCGACCCGCUCAUCACCAUCGCCGACAUCUGCAAGAGGCACAAUGUCUGGAUGCAUGUGGAUGGGGCCUGGGGCGGAAGCCUGCUCAUGUCCCGCAAGCACAGGGGGAAGCUGAACGGAGUGGAGAGGGCAAAUUCGGUCACGUGGAACCCUCAUAAAAUGAUGUCCGUUCCACUACAGUCCUCUGCGCUUUUAGUCAGAGAAGAGGGACUACUGGAGACCUGCAACCAGCUUCACGCCUGCUACCUGUUUCAGAAAGACAAGCACUAUGACCUGUCCUAUGACACAGGCGACAAAGCCCUGCAGUGUGGCCGGCACGUGGAUAUCUUUAAGCUGUGGCUCAUGUGGAGGGCUAAGGGCACAUUUGGAUUUGAAGCUCAGAUUGACAAGUGUCUGGAGCUCUCUGAAUACCUGUACAACAAAAUCAAGGACAGGGAAGGGUUUGAAUUGGUGUUUGAUGGGAAACCAGAGCAUACCAAUGUGUGUUUCUGGUACCUUCCACCGGGGAUUCGCUAUUUGGAGGACAAGGAAGAAAAGAGGCGCCGCCUGCACAAGGUGGCUCCCGUGAUCAAGACCAGGAUGAUGGAGCACGGGACCACCAUGGUCAGCUACCAGCCGCAGGGAAACAAGGUCAACUUCUUCCGCAUGGUCAUCUCCAAUCCAGCGGCCACUUUCCAGGACAUCGACUUCCUCAUCGAAGAGAUCGAGCGUCUUGGGCAAGACCUGUAGGCUAGCGUUCAGAGAAGCAGCCCCAGGUGACAUGCUGCGGUGUUGUGAAUGUGUCAGUCUUGCUGUGAGUAGCAUUGUCCAGUGACUUACGUAUGUCAGUGCUUCUGUCCAAGUUUUGUCUUGACUUGAUUAGUCAGUAUUUCCUUCAUUAGCACUGUGAGUGGCAUAUUAUAGUCAGACAGUAGCAAGCAUUGGACCAAACCUUGAACUUUCAAACAAAAGAAAAAACACCCACACACACAAACACACACACACACACAGACACAUGGGGUGUAUCCAAACUUGAAAACCGUAUUCAGAAAUGCAUGAUUAAUGCCUUGCAUAGAUAUUUUUGACAGUUGACAAAUUAUAUUCAGAAGAUUUUCAGAAAACAAAAUGAGCAGAAAAAGUGAGCACUAAACGGAAAUGCAACAAUAGUAAUUUCCAGCUGACAACAUAACACUUAUUUAAAGCAUUUUUGACACUUUGACAAAUGCAGUUGUUAAAAUGCACUUAUGUGCUUUGAGUGGUGUUCAUAUGUAUGAUAUGCAAUAAAAUACUUAUAGUAGCACACAAGUUUAGGAGGGUACCUGUAGCCACUGCAGCUGCAUUCAUGUUCCUGCUAGAGGGCAUACAACUGAUGGAAAGCACACUAUUAGGAGCACAAGUGACUCAAUGUGGAAUCAUGGUGUCAUACGUACUGCAUGUUUCAAAAUAAUUUUUAAAAUGUUCCUAUCUUACGGAGCUAUUCAUAUGUUCUCUGUUAUAGGUGCACGGCUAAGAGAUACAUUGAAUACUGUACUCACUGUCUAGUAGCCUACAUGUGCUGAGACUUGAUAGUUUGUGCAAAUGUGAAGAAAAUAUGUUUUUGUGUCAUUGCACAGCUUUAGCAUAAAAUAUAAGAAUUAUAUAGUAGUUUCCCCCAACAGGAUUGUGCACUUUAGUCCAUUCUUAAAAUUACUAUGUGGAGUAUACUUGUCCAAUUUUACUCUGAGGUAAAAACUGUGAGUGAUUAAAGUGAAUUUGUUGCAGUGUCAA